GCGGAGCCGCCGGGGCCCGUCAGCCCUUGCGCGGGGCGGCGGCGGCGGCAUGUCGGUGGCGUUCGUGCCGGAGCGGCUGCGCGGGAAGGCGGAGGUGAACCAGGAGACGCUGCAGCGGCUGCUGGAGGAGAACGACCAGCUGAUCCGGUGCAUCGUGGAGUACCAGAGCAAGGGCCGGGCCACCGACUGCGUGCAGUACCAGCACAUCCUGCACAGAAACCUCAUUUAUUUAGCCACAAUUGCCGAUGCGACGCCCCCCGGCACGCAGAAUACCGUAGACUGACAGCGCGCACCUGGACGCGAGCCGUGACGCCUUAGGAAGCUGUAGGAACGCUGUAAGUUUAGAGCGAGAGCUGAGGAGGUGUGGUCUUGAGGGGCAGGUAAACAGCAUCCAUACUUUCACGUUAAGGGCACAGAUGUAGUUUUUGAUGUAACAUUAGGCUGGCUUUUUCCCUGUUACUGUAAGCAGAACGUUAAGGGUGAUCGUUAUCAUACUCCCAUGUUCCCUCUGAGAAACGCCAUGCGGCUGUACUGCUGGAAGGAGCCUGGCUGUCAGCACAGCGCUACCAGGUGCCUUUGGAAGACUCCUGUGCCCUCAUCAAAGCAGAGACUGUUUUGUGACGAAGACUGUGUAAUAACAGGGAAAGCGCUGAGCUAGGUCAUUGCCCUACCUCCAGCAUGACAACUUCGGUCAUAUGUUGCCAUAUAUAUAAAAGCACUAGCCUGUUAUGUCUCUUGUAUCGUAGGAAUUGUGCUUAAUAAGGAUGUUCUUUGUAAAUUACAGUAUAUUCUGAAUUAAUAUGUGAUGUGUCAACACAGGAACAGCUCAGUGAUUUAGUGAAAUAAAGUGUUUACUCUUCUAGGAAAA